AAUUUUACUUUCGUUGAGUCAACGAAUCAAUUAUAAAUGGGCGAUUCUGGAAGUUGAACUGGUAUAAAAUCAUCCCCCGGCAAAUGAUCAAAAACCCGGUGGGAUCGAAUAUUAAUAAACUAAUAUAACACCGAUAAUCGUUAAUACGCAUAUUUAACAAUUCGCUUCUGUUAAUAAAAGAAAAUUUAUCGAAGUACACGCACCGACAUCGACCUCGUUAUUUGUUUAAUGCGUCACGAAAAAUUGCCACGCUGAACUCAUUGGAGAACGUCGAAUCGAACAGUUGAAGAAGUCAAGUGAAAUUCAAUCCAAGAUCGACAUGCCCACGUUAAUGCAACCGCUAGAUUUAACGUACGUUAUUGACGGAGUGAAUGUGAUAGACGUGUCUGACCGAAAUGAAGUGUCGCACAGCCUGGAUCUCCAAACUCAACGCGCUCAGGACAAACGUAAGCAGCUGCAACCGAUGCAACGCGAACAAUUGCAGUUACCCCAACGGGACCACGUGUCCCAGCAACUGCAGCAACGGGACAAGGACCAGUUGCAGUAUCAGCAACGUGAUAGGGAGUCACUAAAUCGUGAGAAGCUCCAACAGCAACGCGGCGAUUGCGAUCGUGAACGAGAGCAACUGCAUCCGUUGCAAUCGAUUAGCAACUUGUUACUAGACCUGCCGCCACCAUCGAGCUUCCAAGGAUAUUCGCACGAUGCAUCCUGCACACAGCCCAGCAAAAGGAACAAUAUUGAUGGAGAUAUGUCGAUCUCAGAUUUAUUCGGAUUGGGUUUACCACGAGGCUCGUUGAUGGGCAGCCAAUUAACUUCCGGAUCUCCUGCUUACCGUAACUAUCAGUAUCAGAAUCGCAAUCAGGGAUCCGCUCAGCAUUAUCAGUGCGAUGAUAAAAAUGGAGGAAUAUACCCAAAUACAUCGAUGUUGGACAUUCCAAGCUCACCGAGUUCCAUUACCACACCUGGCAGCCCCAGCACCCCCAGUAGUUUGUACUCAAAUCCGUACUCGUACUCGUCCACGAGCAGUAACAAUCAAACUGCAACGUCACCCACAAGUCGAGGAUCUGGACCGCAUAUGGGUUCACCGUCGUCACCCAUACAUUCUCCCUAUUAUGGGAGACCCAUCCGUGGGUCGCCGCCAUACAGCGAUUGCGGCAGCCCCACGUUUGAGUACUCGCACGCGAUGGGAUGUACCGGUUCCAGAUCAAAUUCACCAGCUGAUUCGGAGACAAGCGGCACAAGUAGCAUGGACAGUUCUCUGUCCGAUAUAAUGAAUUGUUUGUCGUUCAAUUCGUUGUCGCAUGGAUGUUACUCCCAGCCAAUGGGUUCGUUCAUGUCACCGGAAGUGGACUUAUGCGCGAACAACAAGGCAGCUGCGAUUCAACGGAUGGCUGUGAAAAAUUAUUUAACUUCGCCUUAUCAGAACUCAUCAACGCCGCAUCACCAUCAUCAUUCCCACGGGCACAAUCGUGGUCAUCAUUACAACUCGAACCAAAAUGGCAAUUUACUGAAUUCCGUUUUGACGCGCGAGAAAAAUUGUUGUUCCACUGUUAAUCAUAUGUCCCUGAAUUCGUCAACAAUGAAUAUGUUAGAUCCGCAAAUCUCUCUUGAACGCGUUGCACGAUUUCAUCGAAGUGCUGCUGCACUCUGUGAGCCAACUUAUACUUGGAGCGGUAUACUGCCGCAACGAACUCAAAAACCGUCAGGUUAUUCGUCCAAGGUGUUCCUUGGUGGGGUACCUUGGGAUAUAACCGAAUCCAUUUUAGUAACAACUUUCAAGCUGUUUGGUCAAAUACGGGUAGAGUGGCCUGGGAAAGAUCAAUCUGAUACGCAACCAAAAGGAUACGUAUAUAUUAUAUUCGAAUCCGAAAAACAGGUGAGGAACCUGCUAGCGUGUUGCACACACGAUUUUACGAACGGCGGCAGUUGGUACUACAAGAUAUCAUCUAAACGUAUAAAGGCAAAAGAGGUACAAGUAAUACCUUGGGUCCUUGAAGAUAGUAAUUAUGUAAAGUCUUCAUCACAGAAGCUUGAUCCCCAUAAAACAGUGUUUGUUGGGGCGCUUCACGGUAUGUUGACUGCUAGCGGUUUAGCGAAAAUAAUGGAUGAUCUGUUCCGUGGAGUUAUUUAUGCAGGCAUCGACACUGAAAAACACAAAUACCCGAUAGGAUCUGGUCGUGUUACAUUUAGUACAAAACAUUCAUAUAUGAAAGCAGUUUCGGCUGCUUUUAUAGAAAUAAAAACUGCCAAAUUUACGAAAAAGGUGCAAAUAGAUCCAUAUCUAGAAGAUUCCAUGUGUUCCGGAUGUUCCGUUCAACAAGGACCUUAUUUUUGUCGUGAAGUGAUGUGUUUUCGGUACUUUUGCCGCAGUUGCUGGCAGUGGCAACACUCUAUGGAGUCAAUGUGGUAUCACAAACCUUUGAUGCGUAAUUCCAAGACGAAUCAAGUGGUCGGAUUGUCGCCACAUGGAAACCCCGGAUGUCGUGGAAUGUACAAUCCCACGAUCUAAGUACAAUUACUUACCGAGCUUCUCUUUCAUAAUUAAAUUUAUUAUUAUGCUCAAGACUUUGUUUUCGCACGGACGUUGCGCCAGCUGAUUUACAGACAGGGUGCGAACUACUUAGUUUUUAUCGCAGGGCUGCAGGCAGCUGGGUUGACGAUAUACUUAAAAAUACCGGAUAUACCAGCUGAUCGGCAAAUUGCAACGAUUUGUUUAUUAUCGUUAUUACCAAACACGUCCGCGGUACAGAAAGACUAAUUGAAAGAUAAGAAAAAUCGUGUUCCACGAAGAGUUCCUAUUUCGAACGCGGUUGUCGCCGCGUUCAAUAAAUUAUUUUUAUUUACUGCGUUUACUUAGGGACUGGUUCUCUUGUUUAUCGUUUUACUGCAAAAAAAGAAAAAAAUAUAAUUGUGCCAUAAAGUAAUACGGCAUAUUAAUACGUCAGUUAUGCGUUACGAGUGUGCAUUUACAUUGAAUUCAUACGAGCUCAAUUGUGGCUUUUAUAGUGACAAUAAUUUUUAUGCGAUAAAAUAAGAAGCCACUCGACUGCUAUAGAGAGAGAAAAAGGCUAAGUUUGUGGUGUUCAAACAUUAAUAAAACACAACGCGCCGCUAUAAUAAUCCAUCGGCGAAAUAUUACGCUUAACCGUAAAGUAUUUGAUGAAUUUAGAUUAUUGUAGUGUUCUAACAGCAGAAGGGAUUUACAAUUGAAUUAUUAUUAUUUUUCGCGAAAAACAUGUUUAAUUUAGUAUAACGGCAACAAUGACUUUUUAUAGAGUACUAGCCAACCAUUCCUUCUACUCCGAUAUUUUUCGGUUAUAUUUUUCCAUCGUUGGUAGUUUUACGUUAGAUUGUACAGUGUAAGGAUAUUGCCAAAAGUGGCCACUGUAAAUCAUAAUUUAUAUUCAUGGUCAAAGCGGUAAGCCUUUGCGAGUUUUCGUUUACAGGGACUGUUUAACUGUUGACGAAAUGGAGAAGUACACGGUCUACGAUUCUGGAGCGAAUUGUAGUGAAUUGAUUCUGUUUUUAUUUUUUGUUACGAUAUUAUGUUACGUAUUUUCUUUGAACAAGAUUUCGUAGUAGUACUUCUAACUGAGUUUCUGAUGUUUUGAUAUCAUUUUGUUGAGUGAAUUAAAAAUCAUAUUUUUGCAGAUAGACUUCCAUUGUCGUUUUUCCUUUCUUUUUUUU